AUGGACAAGGCCUUACUAGACUACGAGGUGUCUAUAGAUGCAGACUGCAAGACACUCACUGUGGGGAAACCAUUUGCAAUUGAAGGCAAGUAGAUUGACAUGAAAUAAGGUGUUAAUUCUAUAUCCAUAAUGAAGAGGAACGAGACAGGUAUGUCCCCUCUCCUUUUCAUGCUAGCUAUAGAGCCACUGGUCGAAAGGAUAAGACAAGGCUAUACAUUAUAAUACAGAUCUUCGGAGACAGCCAGAUAAACCUGUACACACAUACAUGUGCAACACCAGUUUAAGAUCACAAAAAUGCAUCUGCUUGCUGUGUUUUCUGUCGCUCUAUGUGUCUGUAUCUAUUUGUAAUUUGAAGGCGAGUAGUUUGAGAUGAAAUAACUGCUGUACCCAUACUGUAGAGGAACAACGUGAUCCCUAUCCCCUCUCCUUUUCACACCGCUGUAGUCAUUCCCUCUUCCCAGGUUAUGGCAUCGGCCUGCGCCAGUUCACACCGCUGCAUUCAUUCCCUCUUCCCAGGUUAUGGCAUCGGCCUGCGCCAGUUCACACCGCUGUAGUCAUUCCCUCUUCCCAGGUUAUGGCAUCGGCCUGCGCCAGUUCACACCGCUGUAUUCAUUCCCUCUUCCCAGGUUAUGGCAUCGGCCUGCGCCAGAACUCCCCCCUUACCUCUAACCUCUCUGAGCUGGUGAGCCAGUACAAGUCAGACGGCUUCAUGGACAUGCUGCAUGACAAGUGGUACAAGGUGUUGCCCUGUGGGAAACAGAGCUUUGCAGCCACAGAGGUAAUGCACAUCGUAAUGCACAUUAUACUACUGCAAUCAGUCACAUCGUAAUGCACAUUAUACUACUGCAAUCAGCCACAGAGGUAAUGUACAUCAUACUACUUAAAUCAGUCACAGAGGUAAUGCACAUCAUACUACUGCAAUCAGUCACAGAGGUAAUGUACAUUAUACAACUGCAAUCAGUCACAGAGGUAAUGUACAUUAUACAACUGCAAUCAGUCACAGAGGUAAUGUACAUUAUACAACUGCAAUCAGUCACAGAGGUAAUGCACAUCAUACUACUGCAAUCAGUCACAGAGGUAAUGUACAUUAUACAACUGCAAUCAGUCACAGAGGUAAUGUACAUUAUACAACUGCAAUCAGUCACAGAGGUAAUGUACAUUAUACAACUGCAAUCAGUCACAGAGGUAAUGUACAUCAUACUACUGCAAUGCCAAUACUGAUGUACUACAUCACAAUACUAAAUCAUCUCUAUUCUGUGUUUUUCAAAAAGUCUUAAUGAUGUUCAUUAUAAAUAACAGAAGCUUUUCGCUGCAACAGAAAAUAAAACUGGCCAUUUGUUUUCUUCAAUAAGCUUCCAUAAAUAAGAUGCUAUUCGUAAAAUAUGUGAAAUAGUUCAGUUUGAUUCUUAUGCAAGGGAAAUGUAAAAAAUUUACAAAUGUUAAAACUGUAACAGUACAAACUGUUUAUUAUAGCCUGUGUGUUUGUUUCUGCUUUCUCCAGACCCUCCAGAUGGGCAUUAAGCAUUUCUCAGGCCUGUUUCUGAUGCUGUGUGUUGGGCUGGGUCUGUCUCUCCUCACCACCCUGGCUGAACACAUCAUCUACCACUUCAUCAUCCCCAGAGUCAAGGACCCCAAGUUCAAGUACUGGCUGCAUACUAGUCAGGUAACUCAGUUAACUAUCACUAUGUUAACUGGCUGCAUACUAGUCAGGUAACUCAGUUAACUAUCACUAUGUUAACUGGCUGCAUACUAGUCAGGUAACUAACUAUCACUAUGUUAACUGGCUGCAUACUAGUCAGGUAACUCAGUUAACUAUCACUAUGUUAACUGGCUGCAUACUAGUCAGGUAACUCAGUUAACUAUCACUAUGUUAACUGGCUGCAUACUAGUCAGGUAACUCAGUUAACUAUCACUAUGUUAACUGGCUUCAUACUAGUCAGGUAACUCAGUUAACUAUCACUAUGUUAACUGGCUGCAUACUAGUCAGGUAACUCAGUUAACUAUCACUAUGUUAACUGGCUUCAUACUAGUCAGGUAACUCAGUUAACUAUCACUAUGUUAACUGGCUUCAUACUAGUCAGGUAACUCAGUUAACUAUCACUAUGUUAACUGGCUGCAUACUGUUCAGGUAUGUCUCCUGAGUGGUGCAGUGGUCUAAGGCGCUGCAUCGCAGUGCUAGCUGUGCCACUAGAGAUCCUGGUUAGAAUCCAGGCUCUGUCGUAGCCGGCCGCGACCGGGAGACCCAUGGGGCGGUGCACAAUUGGCCCAGCGUCGUCCAGGGUAGGGGAGGGAAUGGCCGGCAGGGAGGUAGCUCAGUUGGUAGAGCAUGGUGUUUGCAACGCCAGGGUUGUGGGUUCGAUUCCCACGGGGGGCCAGUAUGAAAAUAAAAAAGAAUAAUAUAUGCACUAACUGUAAGUUGCUCUGGAUAAGAGCGUCUGCUAAAUGACGUAAAUGUAACUCACUUAACCAUCACUAUGUUAACUGGCUUCAUACUGGUCAGGUAACUAACUUAACUAUCGCCAUCUUUACUGUUUUAUUGCUACUCAGGUGUGUUAACUAGUACUGGCUGCAUACUAGACAGGUAACUUAUUUAACUAACCAGCUCAGCUGGUAGAGCACGGCGCUUGUAACGCCAAGGUAGUGGGUUCGAUCCCUGGGACCACCCAUACACAAAAAAUGUAUGCAUGCAUGACUGUAAGUCGCUUUGGAUAAAAGCGUCUGCUAAAUGGCAUAUUAUUAUUAUUAUUAUUAUUAUUAUUAUUAUUAUUAUUAUUAUUAGGUAUGUUUACUAGCUUCAUACUGGUCAGGUAACUAACUUAACUAUCAACUAUCUUUAUUGGCGUCAUACUGGUCAGUUAACUUCUGCCCAAAACCUAUAUGCUAAUAACCUAUUAUGUUGUCAGACAUUCAGUAAGUGUACCUUGUGCAGUAGGUAUCUGUCUUGUUCCCUCUGAUUUAUUUAGGCACUGAGCAAAUCUCAGGUCUGCUGAGCGCAAACUUGAACAUUGUGAAAAUUCUGUUCAACUUCCGGUGCGCGUUUACUGUGAACACUGAGGCUGUACCCACUUUAAGUUACAGUUUUAACAGUGGCCAAGUAGGCUACUGUGGCUAUUUGAUCAUAAUGUAGGCCUACCAGAGUGGCCUACCAUCAAAAACAAUGGAGAAAAUGCAUCCCAUAACAUUUUAACAUGGAAAUAGCUGUUCUGUCAUUCAGCCUACAGUAGCAGCCAAUGUGUGGUGUUUAAUGUCGACCUACAUUCCAUGAGACUUAAAAAAAAAACAUGCAGGGCUUGCCAUUAACCUGUUCAUCCACUUGUCCUUCAGAAAAGGAGGUGACUGAAAAUGUUGUUUGAUGCAAGAAACCACUUUACAAAAUAAAAUGCAAUAUUAUUCCCAUACCAUUAUUACAGAGAAUCAGACAAAUUAUGCUACCCUCUGCCUAUUGGCUACUUAGCUUAUUCAAGACUGUCUCAAAAUACAACACUGCCCCUUUAAGACAAAAAAAUAAGCUCUUUACCUGACUCACUUUUGUGCUCAUGUAGGAAGCAAUCACUCCCCUAUUGCUGACUACAAAUGAUCUAUAACUGGGCUAAUAACUCACUAACUACCAAAGGAUAUGAACACAAUGAUCUAUAACUGGGCUAAUAACUCACUGACUAGCAAAGGAUAUGAACACAAUGAUCUAUAACUGGGCUAAUAACUCACUAACUACCAAAGGAUAUGAACACAAUGAUCUAUAACUGGGCUAAUAACUCACUAACUACCAAAGGAUAUGAACACAAUGAUCUAUAACUGGGCUAAUAACUCACUAACUAGCAAAGGAUAUGAACACAAUGAUCUAUAACUGGGCUAAUAACUCACUAACUAGCAAAGGAUACAUGCAGCUCUCGCUUUGAUCUCAAAAUAAGCGGAUCUACUCCCGACCGCUCAUGCUGUAAACACAGUCCAGUUCAAAGUGAAUGGAACAGAUCCAUACAGUAUAUGGCAAUGGUCUAUUUGCAUAUUGGCCUAAUGCAGCACUGAUUGGAUAUGGUGCACCGGUCUGUGUAGGGUAGGGUCUGAGUCCUGCCUGUCAAUGCAAUAGAAUUCUACUCCUAUGCGUUCUGCCUAGAACAAAAUCUCUUGCAUAGUUCGUUUUGUUUUGGUAUGUUGCAUUGAAAGAGGCUAAUAUUGCGUUGAUUCGAUCACAGUUGCCACAGUAAAGGGACAUGUUGGUAGUAUUAACAGGGACAACUCUAGAAAGUUGAGUGAUGUUCAAUCUCGUGCUUCUCUCUGUGGGUUUAUAUUUCUUCUGUGCGGCUCAGUGCCAUUCAGAAAUGACUGAAACUAUUCUGAGAAUAUCAUACCCUGGUAUCUGUGUAGUUUCUGUUUGACAUCUUACGUCUGCUCUGUCUGCUCUGUCCCACAGAGGUUACAUCGAGCAAUGAACUCAUCUUUCAAUGAAGAUAAACUGCAGACCGUAGCAAAGCCACAAGAAAGGUAACAAAUCAUUGACGUGCCAUUGAAAGACCGUUGACUGGUAAUUUAAAGUAAUUUGCUUUAAUCGCAAGGUGGCAAAUGUACUGUCCCAGUCAAAAGUUUGGACACACCUACUCAUUCAAGGGUUUUUCUUUAUUUUUACUAUUUUCUACAUUGUAGAAUAAUAGUGAAGACAUACAAAACUAUGAAAUAACACAUAUGGAAUCAUGUAGUAAACAAAAAAGUGUUAAACAAACCAAAAUAUAUUUUAUAUUUGAGAUUCUACAAAUAGCCACCCUUUGCCUUGAUAACAGCUUUGCACACUCUUGGCAUUCUCUCAACCAGCUUCACCUGGAAUUAUUUUCCAACAGUCUUGAAGUAGUUCCCACAUAUGCUGAGCACUUGUUGGCUGCUUUUCCUUCACUCUGCCGUCCGAGUCAUCCCAAACCAUCUCAUUUGGGUUGAGGUUGGGGGAUUGUGGAGGCCAGGUCAUCUGAUGCAGCACUCCAUCACUCUCCUUCUUCGUCAAAUAGCCCUUACACAGCCUGGAGGUGUGUUGGGUCAUUGUCCUGUUGAAAAACAAAUGAUAGUCCCACUAAGCACAAACCAGAUGGGAUGGCGUAUCACUGCAGAAUGAUGUGAUAGCUAUGCUGGUUAAGUGUGCCUUGAAUUCUAAAUAAAUCACAGACCAGCAAAGCACCCCUACACCAUUACACCUCCUCCUCCAUGCUUUAUGGUGGGAACUACACAUGUGGAAAUCAUCCGUUCACCCACAACGCGUCUCACAAAGACACGCCGGUUGGAACCAAAAAUCUCCAAUUUGGACACAUUUCCACCGGUCUAAUGUCCAUUGCUCAUGUUUCUUGGCUCAAGCAUGUCUCUUCUUCUUAUUGGUUUCCUUUAGUAGUGGUUUCUUUGCAGCAAUUCAACCAUGAAGGCCUGAUUCACACAGUCUCCUCUGAACAGUUGAUGUUGAGAUGUGUCUGUGACUUGAACUCUGUGAAGCAUUUAUUUGGGCUGCAAUUUGUGAGGCUGGUAACUCUAAUGAACUUCUCCUCUGCAGCAGAGGUAACUCUGGGUCUUCCAUUCCUGUGGCGGUCCUCAUGAGAGCCAGUUUCAUCAUAGUGCUUGAUGGUUUUUGUGACUGCACUUGAAGAAACUUUCAAAGUUCUUAUCAUUUUCCGUAUUGACUGACCUUCAUGUCUUAAAGUAAUGAUGGACUGUCGUUUCUCUUUGCUUAUUUGAGCUGUUCUUGCCAUAAUAUGGACUUGGUCUUUUACCAAUUGGGGCUAUCUUCUGUAUACCAACCCUACCUUGUCACAACACAACUGAUUGGCUCAAACGCAUUAAGAAGGAAAUAAAUUCCACACAUUCACUUUUAAAAGGCACAUCCGUUAAUUGAAAUGCAUUCCAGGUGAAUGCCUCAUGAAGCUGGUUGAGAGAAUGCCAAGAGUGUGCAAAGCUGUCAUCAAGGCAAAGGGUGGCUAUUUGAAGAAUCUCAAAUAUAAAAUAUAUUUUGAUUUGUUUAACACUUUUUGGGUUACUACAUGAUUCCAUAUGUGUUAUUUCAUAGUUUUGAUGUCUUCAAUAUUAUUCACAAUGUAAAAAAUAAAGAAAAACCCUUGAAUGAGUAGGUGUGUCCAAACUUUUGACUGGUAGUGUAAUUGUCAGUGAUGAUAGCAAAGACACCAGGUAUAAUCCAUUUUAAUUUGUAUUUAUUUUUUAUUUCACCUUUAUUUAACCAGGUAAGCCAGUUGAGAACAAGUUCUCAUUUACAACUGCGACCUGGCCAAGAUAAAGCAAAGCAGUGCGAUAAAAACAACACAGAGUUACAUAUGGGGUAAAACAAAACAUAAAGUCAAAAAUACAACAGAAAAUAUAUAUACAGUGUGUGCAAAUGUAGCAAGUUAUGGAGGUAAGGCAAUAAAUAGGCCAUAGUGCAAAAUACUUAAAAUGUCGUAUUAACACUGGAAUGAUAGAUGUGCAGAAGACUAUGUGCAAAUAGAGAUACUGGGGUGCAAAUUAGCAAAAUAAAUAACAAUAUGGGGAUGAGGUAGUUGGGUGGGCUAAUUUCAGAAUGGCUGUGUACAGGUGUAGUGAUCGGUAAGGUGCUCUGACAACUGACGCUUAAAGUUAGUGAGGGAGAUAAGAGUCUCCAGCUUCAGAGAUUUUUGCAAUUCGUUCCAGUCAUUGGCAGCAGAGAACUGGAAGGAAUGGCGGCAAAGGAGGUGUUGGCUUUGGGGUUGACCAGUGAGAUAUACCUGCAGGAGCGCAGACUACGGGUGGGUGCUGCUAUGGUGACCAAUGAGCUAUGAUAAGGCGGGGAUUUGCCUAGCAGUGAUUUAUAGAUGGCCUGGAGCCAGUGGGUUUGGCGACGAAUAUGUAGUGAGGACCAGCCAACAAGAGCGUACAGGUCACAGUGGUGUGUAGUAUAUGGGGCUUUGGUGACAAAACGGAUGGUACUGUGAUAGACUACAUCCAAUUUGCUGAGUAGAGUGUUGGAGGCUAUUUUGUAAAUGACAUCGCCGAAGUCAAGGAUCGGUAGGAUAGUCAGUUUUACAAGGGCAUGUUUGGCAGCAUGAGUGAAGGAGGCUUUGUUGCGAAAUAGGAAGCCGAUUCUAGAUUUAACUUUGGAUUGGAGAUUCUUAAUGUGAGUCUGGAAGGAGAGUUUACAGUCUAACCAGACACCUAGGUAUUUGUAGUUGUCCACAUACUCUAGGUCAGACCCGCCGAGAGUAGUGAUUCUAGUCCGGUGGGCGGGUGCAAGCAGCGUUCGGUUGAAGAGCAUGCAUUUAGUUUUACUAGUGUUUAAGAGCAGUUGGAGGCUAUGGAAGGAGUGUUGUAUGGCGUUGAAGCUCGUUUGGAGGUUUGUUAACACAGUGUCCAAUGAAGGGCCAGAUGAUUACAAAAUGGUGUCGUCCGCAUAGAGGUGGAUCCUAGCGUCACCAGCAGCAAGAGCGACAUCAUUGAUUUACACAGAGAAUAGAUUCGGCCCGAGAAUUGAACCCUGUGGCACCCCCAUAGAGACGGCCAGAGGUCCAGACAACAGGCCCUCCGAUUUGACACAUUGAACUCUAUCUGAGAAGUAGUUGGUGAACCAGGCGAGGCAGUCAUUUGAGAAACCAAGGCUAUUUAGUCUGCCAAUAAGAAUGCGGUGGUUGACAGAGUCGAAAGCCUUGGCCAGGUCGAUGAAGACGGCUGCACAGUACUGUCUAUUAUCGAUCGCGGUUAUAAUAUCGUUUAGGACCUUGAGCGUGGCUGAAGUGCACCCAUGACCAGCUCGGAAACCGGAUUGCAUAGCGGAGAAGGUACGGUGGGAUUCGAAAUGGUCGGUGAUCUGUUUGUUAACUUGGCUUUCAAAUACUUUCGAAAGGCAGGGCAGGAUGUAUAUAGGUCUGUAACAGUUUGGAUCUAGAGUGUCACCCCCUUUGAAGAGGGGGAUGACCGCGGCAGCUUUCCAAUCUCUGGGGAUCUCAGACGUUACGAAAGAGAGGUUGAACAGGCUAGUAAUAGGGGCUGCGACAAUUUCGGCGGCUAGUUUUAGAAAGAAAGGGUCCAUAUUGUCUAGCCCAGCUGAUUUGUAGGGGUCCAGAUUUUGCAGCUCUUUCAGAACAUCAGCUAUCUGAAUUUGUGUGAAGGAGAAGCGGGGGGGGCAUGGGCAAGUUGCAGCGGAGGGUGCAGAGUUGGUAGCCGGGGUAUUGGUAGCCAGGUGGAAAGCAUGGCCAGCUGUAGCAAAAUGCUUGUUGAAAUUCUCGAUUAUUGUAGAUUUAUCGGUGGUGAUAGUGUUUCCUAGCCUCAGUGCAGUUGGCAGCUGGGAGGAGGUGCUCUUACUCUCCAUGGACUUUACAGUGUCCCAAAACUUUUUGGAGUUGGUGCUACAGGAUGCAAAUUUCUGUUUGAAAAAGCUAGCCUUUGCUUUCCUAACUGAAUGUGUAUAUUGGUUCCUGACUUCCCUGAAAAGUUGCAUUUCGCAGGGGCUGUUCGAUGCUAAUGCAGUACGCCACAGGGUGUUUUUGUGCUGGUCAAGGGCAGUCAAGUCUGAGGAGAACCUGGGGCUAUAUCUGUUCUUAGUUCUGCAUUUUUUGAAUGGGGCAUGCUUAUUUAAGAUUGAGAGGAAAGCACUUUUAAAGAACAACCAGGCAUCCUCUACUGACGGAAUGAGGUCAAUUUCCAUCCAGGAUACCUGGGCUAGGUCAAUUAGAAAGGCCUGCUCGCUAAACUGUUUUAGGGAGCGUUUGACAGUGAUGAGGGGUGGUCGUUUGACCACGGACCCAUUACGGAUGCAGGCAAUAAGGCAGUGAUCGCUGAGAUCCUGGUUGAAGACAGCGGAGGUAUAUUUAGAGGGUACAUUUGUCAGGAUGAUAUCUAUGAGGGUGCCCAUGUUUACAGAUUUAGGGUUGUACCUGGUAGGUUCGUUGAUAAUUUGUGUGAAAUUGAGGGCAUCUAGUUUAGAUUGUAGGUUGGCCGGGGUGUUAAGCAUAUCCCAAUUUAGGUCACCAAGCAGUACAAAUUCUGAAGAUAGUUGGGGGGCAAUCUGUUCACAUAUGGUGUCCAGGGCACAUCUCGGGCUGAGGGGGGGUCUGUAGCAAGCGGCAACAGUGAGCGACUUAUUUCUGGAAAGGUGGAUUUUUUAUAAAUAGAAGCUCAAACUCUUUGGGCACAGACCUGGAUAGUACGAUAGAGCUCUGCAGGCUAUCUCUACAGUAGAUUGCAACCCCACCCCCUUUGGCAGUUCUAUCGAGACGGAAAAUGUUGUAGUUGGGGAUGGACAUUUCUGAAUUUUUGGUGGCCUUCCUAAGCCAGGAUUCAGACACUGCUAGAUCAGGGUUGGCGGAGUAUGCUAACGCAGUGAAUAACUCAAACUUAGGGAGGAGGCUUCGGAUGUUAACGUGCAAGAAACGAAUGCUUUUACGGUUAAAGAAGUCAACAAAUGAUAACGCCUGGGUAGUAGGAGUGAUACUGGGGGCUACAGGGCCUUGGUUAGCCUCUACAUCACCAGAGGAACAGAGGAGGACUAGAAUAAGGAUACGGUUAAAGGCUUUAUGAACUGGUCUUCUAGUGCGUUGGGUACAGAGAAAAAAAGGGUCAGAUUUCCGGGCGUUGUAGAAUAGAUUCAGGGCAUUAUGUACAGACAAGGAUAUGGAAGGAUAUGAGUACAGUGGAGGUAAACCUAAGCGUUGGGUAACGAUGAAAGAGAUAGCAUCACUGGAGGCACCGAUUGAGUCGGUCUCCGCAUGUAUGGGGGGUGGGACAAAGGAGCUGUCUAAGGCAGGUUUAGCUGGGCUGGAGGAUCUACAGUGAAAUAGUACAAUAAGAAAUAACCGAAACAGCAAUAAGCAAGGCAUAUUGACAUGGGAGAGAGGCAUAAAGCAAUCACAGGUGUUAUUCGAGAGAGCUAAGACAACAGCUGGUAAUAGUGACAAAGUUUGGGCUGAGGCUAAACAUAAACAGGAUGCGGUACCGUAUAAAGGAACAGUCCAGCAGGCAUCAGCUGUAUAGCUGAAUUAUCAUAAGGUCCGGUGAACAGCAAUAGGAGAGUUCGGAGGUAGUUCGGGGGCUGCUACAGCACUGGUGAGCAAGAGGCCAUGGCUUGCGUGUGCUAGCGGGUCGGGGCUAGCAGAUGGAUCUUCGUGGUCGACGUCGUAACGGGAAGCCUGUUGAAACCACAUGAGACGAUUUCAUCGGCAGACCAGUCAUGUUGGAUCGGCGGGGCUCCGUGUCAACACUAGGAGGUCCCGUCCGGUUGACAGAGAGGUAGAUUGGCCUGGCUCAAGGCUAGCUCAAGGCUAACUGGUGCUUGAUAAGGGGCAAUGGUAAUUAGCCAACGACAACAGCCAUUUGGUUGAAACUAGCUGGUUGUGAUGAUCCGGCGCUAGGGUCCAAUGAUUCCGGCAGAAAAUCCGAUAUGCUCUGGGUCGAUAGCACGCUGUGCAGACUGGCCGACAAAUUGUCCAGGCUAGAGCUGGCUGGUGGGUAGUGCAGGCCACGGACAAUGGUUUAGACCACUAACGGUGGCUAAUAGCAAGUAGCUAGCUAGCUGGCUACAACAGCCAUUCGGUUGCAGCUAACUAGUUGCGAUGAUCCAGCGCUAGGGUCCAGUGAUUCCGGCAGAAAAUCCGAUAUGCUCUGGGUCGAUAGCACGCUGUGCAGACUGGCCGACAAAUUGUCCAGGCUAGAGCUAGUGCUGGCUGGUGGGUAGUGCAGGCCACGGACAAUAAAAGUUAUAAAGAAAUAAUAGAAUCCUUUCCACGUUGGGUGAGGCGGGUUGCAGGAAAGUAUAUUUAGUUAAAGAAUGAAAAGUACAAUUGAGAAAUAUAUACAAAAUAGACAAAGAAACAAAAAAAACUGGCUAUUUACACAAGGACACUACAGAAAACACGACCGCACUGCUACGCCAUCUUGGAUCUGGGACGCAGACUUUGAAAACCUAUUUGAUGAAUCACCCUACUAACUGGCCGUGAAAAAGAUCCUAUUCUGUCAUAUACCAAGUCCAGUAAUAGAUAGUGAAUCUCAUUUAAAAAUUACUUUUAAUAUGGAUAGAUUCCUCACUAAGUAUUGAGUCAGUCUUACAUAUCACUGUAGAAUAAUGACCUGAUAGACGCCUCACUUCAUGUUGCACUAUUAGGUUAAUUCAUAGUCUUAGAAGGAUCUCUGUCACGGGAGGUUAUUUGGGGAGGACGGGCUCAUGUUAAUGGCUGGAGAAUAAUUAGUGGAAUGUAAUCAAAUACAUCCAGCAUGGUUUCCAUGUGUUUGAUGCCAUUCCCUUGACUCCAUUCCAGCCAUAAUUAUGAGCCGUCCUCCCCUCAGCAGCCUCCGCUGAUCUCUGUACAUUGUAGUUUAGGUUCCCUGUUGCUUUUUUUUUUAACAGCCACCGCAAAAUUGACUGUGGAAAAGAACAACAGGGUGACUAGUGGUGUAUAAAGAAUCCUGGAAAUAAACAAGAUCUCAACGCCCCAAUAAAAUCUGUGUUUUUGUUCGACCCCAAGGUGCAACAUGGGUAACAACCAACAACAACAGCAGCCAUGUAACAGCUCAGAGUCCAACUGCAACAGGAGGAAGAUCCCACCUCAGGAGUCCCAGCUAAACAUUCUGGAGUACCCCCCCUGUUCCGCUCCUCCUCCUCCUCCUCUUCCUCCUCCUCCUCCUCCUCCUCAGGAGUCCCAGCUAAACGUUCUGGAGUACCCCCCCUGUGACUGCUCCCCUCCUCCUCCUCUUCCUCCUCCUCCUCCUCCUCCUCCUCCUCAGGAGUCCCAGCUAAACGUUCUGGAGAACCCCCCCCGUGACUGCUCCCCUCCUCCUCCUCCUCCUCCUCCUCCUCCUCCUCCUCCUCCUCCUCCUCCUCCUCAGGAGUCCCAGCUAAACGUUCUGGAGAACCCCCCCCGUGACUGCUCCGCUCCUCCUCUUCCUCCUCCUCCUCCUCCUCAGGUAGCAUUUCCACCACAAGCACAGAAUUCUAAGGAACACAUUUUUAAAACCCCUGUAAGAGCUAUUGAUGAGGAUUCAUCAGCAGACUAUAAGAUAAACAUAGUUAAUCACAACAUGACGUACACGGAGCCAGGGUUAAACAUGGGUACAUCUCUGUUGCUAGGCAAUACCUUAAUGGGUUCCUCUCGAUGGUGUAGUCACUGUGGGGGAAAUAGGACCGUUUUAUUCAGGCAAUACCUUAAUGGGUUCCUCUCGCUGGUGUAGUCACUGUGGGGGAAAUAGGACCGUUUUAUUCAGGCAAUACCUUAAUGGGUUCCUCUCGCUGGUGUAGUCACUGUGGGGGAAAUAGGACCGUUUUGUUCUCUUUUCAUCUGACCUGUCUUCGGGUCGAAUUCCUCGCUCCUCCCUAAUCCACGGCUGUCCUGCCUUGUCAGUGACUUAAACCAGACUGUUGCCCGUUGCAUCUCUCCUUAGGCAUAGUCCUGGAACGGAGCCAGGGUUGAACAGAGUUCAGACUAAACAUGGUUAAUCACAGCAUGAGGGGCGUUGGGACUGAGUGGUACAGAGGGAGGAGGCUUGUAUAUGUUUGAGAGAUUGAUUAUGGACCUGCCAUGUUUUAAGCCAUUUAAGUACCGAUUGAGGGGUUUGGGGAUCAAUUAAGGGGUCAGAAUGAAGUCAGGGAAUGCCUCUGUUAUUUUUGCAUGACAGGGCUUGGUCCCACCACUAUUGUUUCCAGACACGGAACUAGAAGGGAGGGAAGUCAGAUACCGCCAUUAAGGAAGUGGGCGGAGCGGUCAGCAGGUGAAAACUGGAGACAGUGGUGGAGGAACCAAAGAGGGAGGGAUUAAGCUGAAAUAUAUGUAAAGUGACUAUAUAAACUAAGAGCUGAGAGGUGGACAGUUACAGUGGCGAGAACAAGUAUUUGAUACACUGCCGAUUUUGCAGGUUUUCCUACUUACAAAGCAUGUAGAGGUCUGUAAUUUUUAUCAUAGGUACACUUCAACUGUGAGAGACGGAAUCUAAAACAAAAAUCCAGAAAAUCACAUUGUAUGAUUUUUAAGUAAUUAAUUAGCAUUUUAUUGCAUGACAUAAGUAUUUGAUCACCUACCAACCAGUACGAAUUCCGGCUCUCACAGACCUGUUAGUUUUUCUUUAAGAAGCCCUCCUGUUCUCCACUCAUUACCUGUAUUAACUGCACCUGUUUGAACUCGUUACCUAUAUAAAAGACACCUGUCCACACACUCAAUCAAACAGACUCCAACCUCUCCACAACGGCCAAGUCCAGAGAGCUGUGUAAGGACAUCAGGGAUAAAAUUGUAGACCUGCACAAGGCUGGGAUGGGCUACAGGACAAUAGGCAAGCUGCUUGGUGAGAAGACAAUAACUGUUGGCGCAAUUAUUAGAAAAUGGAAGAAGUUCAAGAUGACGGUCAAUCACCCUUGGUCUGGGGCUCCAUGCAAGAUCUCACCUCGUGGGGCAUCAAUGAUCAUGAGGAAGGUGAGGGAUCAGCCCAGAACUACACGGCAGGACCUGGUCAAUGACCUGAAGAGAGCUGGGACCACAGUCUCAAAGAAAACCAUUAGUAACACACUACGCCGUCAUGGAUUAAAAUCCUGCAGCGCACGCAAGGUCCCCCUGCUCAAGCCAGCGCAUGUCCCGUCCCGUCUGAAGUUUGCCAAUGACCAUGUGGAUGAUCCAGAGGAGGAAUGGGAGAAGGUCAUGUGGUCUGAAGAGACAAAAAUAGAGCUUUUUGGUCUAAACUCCACUCGCCGCGUUUGGAGGAAGAAGAAGGAUGAGUACAACCCCAAGAACACCAUCCCAACCGUGAAGUAUGGAGGUGGAAACAUCUUUCUUUGGGGAUGCUUUUCUGCAAAGGGGACAGGACGACCGCACCGUAUUGAGGGGAAGAUGGAUGGGGCCAUGUAUCGCGAGAUCUUGGCCAACAACCUCCUUCCCUUAGUAAGAGCAUUGAAGAUGGGUCGUGGCUGGGUCUUCCAGCAUUACAACGGCCCGAAAACACACAGCCAGGGCAACUAAGGAGUGGCUCCGUAAGAAGCAUCUCAAGGUCCUGGAGUGGCCUAGCCAGUCUCCAGACCUGAACCCAAUAGAACAUCUUUGGAGGGAGCUGAAAGUCCGUAUUGCCCAGCGACAGCCCCGAAACCUGAAGGAUCUGGAGAAGUUCUGUAUGGAGGAGUGGGCCAAAAUCCCUGCUGCAGUGUGUGCAAACCUGGUCAAGACCUACAGGAAACGUAUGAUCUCUGUAAUUGCAAACAAAGGUUUCUGUACCAAAUAUAAAGUUCUGCUUUUCUGUUGUAUCAAAUACUUAUGUCAUGCAAUAAAAUGCAAAUUAAUUACUUAAAAAUCAUACAAUUUGAUUUUCUGGAUUUUUGUUUUAGAUUCCGUCUCUCACAGUUGAAGUGUACCUAUGAUAAAAAUUACAGACCUCUACAUGCUUUGUAAGUAGGAAAACCUGCAAAAUCGGCAGUGUAUCAAAUACAUGUUCUCCCCACUGUAGAUGCUCUGCAGACUAUUCUAUUGCUUGUGUAAUAAAGUCUAUCUUUAAUUCUACAAAAACUCUGAAAUACUUUGUGUUUGACUGAGGACAAAGACAAUUUUCCACAACACUAUUUCCUGUAUUCUAUUUCCUGUAUUCUAGAGCCUGAAUUAUUUCAAAUAAAGGUAGCCAUUCUAGCCAAUACCAGCGGUUACGAUUUAGUCAUAAUCGAUUGAUCAAAUAAGGGGGUCAUUUCUCUCAUUUGCCUUCAGAAAGCAUUCAACCCCCUUGAUUUUCUCCACAUUUUGUUGUGUUACAGCCUGAAUUUAAAAUGGAUUAAAUUGAGAUUGUGUGUCUCUAGUCUACAAACAACAUCCCAAAAUGUCAAAGUGGAAUUUAGUAUUCAACCCCUUUGUUAUGGCCUAAAUAAGUUCAGGAGUAAACAUUUGCUUAACAAGUCACAUAAUAAGUUGCAUGGACUAAUUCUGUGUGCAAUAAUAGUGUUUAACAUGAUUUUUGAAUGACUACCUCAUCUCUGUUCUCCACACAUACAAUUAUCUGUAAGGUCCCUCGUCAAGUAUUGAAUUUCAAGCACAGAUUCAACCACAAAGUCCAGGGAGGUUUUCUGAUGCCUUGCAAAGAAAGGCACCCAUUGGUAGAUGGGUAAAAAAAAGCAGACAAAUGUAUAUCCCUUUGAGCAUGGUGAAGCUAUUAAUUACCCUUUGAAUGGUGUAUCACUACACCCAGUCACUACAAAGAUACAUGCGUCCUUCUUAACUCAGUUGCCGGAGAGGAAGGAAACUGAAGCCAAUAGUAAUUUUAAAACAGUUACAGAGUUGAAUGGCUGUGAUAGGACAUAACUGAGGAUGUCCUAUCACAAUACUAACCUAUUACUCCACAAUACUAACCUAAAUGACAGAGUGAAAAGAAGGAAGCCUGUACAUAAUACAAAUAUUCCAAAACAUGGGAGGAAAACCUCAUUCACCUUUGAGCAGGACAAUAACCUAAAACACAAGGCUACACUGCUUACCAAGAUGACAUUGGAUGUUCCUGAGUGGCCUAGUUACAGUUUUGACUUAAACUGGUUUGAAUCUAUGGCAAGACUGUAAAAUGGCUGUCUUGCAAUGAUCAACAACCAACUUGUUGUGGUCCUCUGUAGCUCAGCUGGUAGAGCACGGCGCUUGUAACGCCAAGGUAGUGGGUUCGAUCCCCGGGACCACCCAUACACAAAAAUGUAUGCACGCACGACUGUAAGUCGCUUUGGAUAAAAGCGUCUGCUAAAUGGCAUAUUAUUAUUAUUAUUAUGACAGAGCUUGAUUUUUUUCUCUUUAAAGAUUGAUGGAACAUUCCAGAACAAUCCAGGUGUGCAAAGCUCUUAGAGACACAGACACGCUAUAUUUCUGCCAAAUGUGUUUCUAACAUGUAUUGACUCAGGUGGUCUAAUCAAGAUAAAUUAUUGUUUUAUUAUUCAUAAAUGUUUGAAUUUUUCUUCCACUUUCAUAUUACAUUGUAUUUUGUGUAGAUCGUUGACAAAAAAAAAAGUACAAUGAAAUUAAUUUUAAUCCCACUUUGUAACGUAACGAAAUGUGGAAAAAGUCAAGGGGGUUGAAUCCUUUCCGAAGGCACUGUAAUUGAUAUUUUGAUUGGGGGGAGGUGUCCAAAUGUAUCUUAUUUUGUCCUCUUCCUCCACAGGUGAAGAGCCUGGUCCCCCGGCAGGCCACCUCUAACAGGAGGACAGACCGGGUCCAGGUGGGUCUACAGGCCAGGACCAUCCCCAUGCUGCAGGAGCUGUCAGAGCUGGAGACACACAUCCCCGUCAUCAAACAGCAGCUACACAUCGCCAUGAAGAAGAAGAGGGAGCUGGAGCAGUACCAGCAGACAUACAAGAUGACAGAGUAA